AUGGGUCUGACUGAUAUCUUGUCAAGCAUCUUUCCCACUGCAUAUGCUGAAGAGGAGCAAGUUGUUGAAGUUGUUGAGGAAGUAGUUGAGGAGGAAGAACCUGAGGAGGUUGAGGAUCCCAAAGAAGCCAUUAUGGAAGAAUGUGAAAAGGAUUGCGCCGCAUUGAAGAAACACCUUGAUGAGUGCAACGAACGCGUGGAAAACGGCUCAGAGGAAAACUGCAUUGAGGAAUUCUUUCACUUUAUGCAUUGUGCUGAUGAGUGCGCUGCACCCAAGAUCUUUGCUGCAACAAAGUAG